AUGGGCAUCCCGCCUCACGAUGCUGAAUCGCAAUUGCCAGAAGUCGAAUCCGAGCUACAUCAUCCCAGGCACUUAUUCAUCCGGUCGGGUAUGUGGCAGAAACUGCAUAACCUGUUUGCCAAAGACGAGUCCACCCGAAGUCCAGUUGACUGUCCCGAGGAUGAGCAGUGGCCUCAGACAUGGCCGAACAGCCAUGGUCCCGACAAAGGCGACCCAUCCACAAGGCCUCUCGCGGUUGGUCUCCCUCGACAAGCGACUUUUAGGCGUCAGAACUCGGAGAGGCGAGAUCGUCUAUUCCCCGUUCAGCCUUGCCAUGCGGAAAGAAGAGCCACGUCUUCCACGCGACAUGGCUCAACGAGUCUCCCACGACCACGGGCAACUUCUUCUCCGCCAACGUGGAACCCAGCACGCAUCUCUGCUCCGGCUCUAGCGAUUUCGAGCAGAGCGGAUGCUACUCCUCCCCAUUCUCAUAUAGACGGCCUUUCCACUCCCGUCGUUGCUAGGCCCCCAAACGCUUCGGAGGACAUGUGCUCAGAAGAUGGCCAUCGCCCACCCCGGCCUCCCUCGAUCACAUCAUCCGACGACUCCCACUUCCCAACGCUUGACGUCUUUGAUGAUAAGUUUGAUCUGAGGGACGAACUUGACAGACGGUGGAUCCUCAAUCUCAGCAUGCAUUUCAGAGAUAGGUCCGAUCGUGAAAAGUUCUUUGUCACGUAUGCAGAGACACCCAAUCACUGGCGCCGCGUCACCAUCUCCUGUGAUUAUCGCAACGCUGAGCCGGGCUCUUUGGAGAUGGAUCUCAAGGAGCUUCAGUUCCAAAGAGACAAGAGCCUGCAAAUAUACGAGUCCAUCAGAGACUCUUUGCCCGACAUCCAAUUCUAUGAUUCGGUAACAAAUCUCAAGUUGGAAACCACCGAUGGGAGACUCCAUGUUCAUGUGACCGAAGAUGUCAAUGAGAUCGUUCCAUACCCUCCGCGCCACACCGUAGCCCACAUCUUGGAGGACGACAGAUUCCGUCCGAUGGAAGUACGGGAGAGCGACCUGGACUUUCACUCCCACUUGUCUGGCUUCGUCUACAAAGUCCGGUGUCGAGACAAUGUCUACAUCAAGAAAGAGAUUCCAGGGCCGGAUACAGUGGACGAGUUCUUGUAUGAGAUCAACGCUCUGCACGCGCUGCAUGGCUCUUCUCAUGUAAUCCAGCUUGAGGCAAUCGUGUUCGAUGAUACUCGGCAGUUCGUCAAGGGGCUACUUAUAAGUUUUGCAGAGAGAGGUGCGAUUGUCGAUCUGCUCUACGAUCAGCGCGGCUCUAUCCCCUGGGAAGAUCGUUGUAGAUGGGCCGAACACGCAGUUCGUGGACUCAGUGAAAUCCACGAGGAGGGAUACGUUCAGGGUGACUUCACGCUCUCCAACAUCGUUGUCGAUAGCGACGGAAAUGCGAAGAUCAUCGACAUCAAUCGACGAGGAUGUCCUGUGGGCUGGGAGCCUCCCGAAAUCGCCACCAAGAUCGCUAGUCAACAGAGGAUAUCAAUGUACAUUGGUGAGAAGUCGGAUUUGUAUCAAUUAGGAAUGACAUUAUGGGCGCUGGCCAUGGACGAUGACGAGCCUGAGCGACAUGUUCCGCCUUUGAGCGUCGAGGAGUUUCCCUCGGAGGUCCCUGAGUGGUACCAGGACGUAGUCAGGAUCUGCUUGUCUCCUCGCCCAAAAGAUCGGUUAGCGGCAAAGGAACUGAUCAACUUCUUUCCAGGACCUGGCGCAUUUGUCGACGCACAAAAACAUGAGAAGCCUGCGCUGAAAUUACGCACGAUGAGGGAGUACAUCGAUCCUGAGGAUGCGGUUGGGCGAGAUGACAUUGAAAGACUGAGUUUGCAUCAGCAAGAUUCCCAACAGAUGCUUUAUUCACCGGAAAGCUCAAGGGACGACUACACCUUUACCUGGCCUAGGUCGUCAAAUUACGAGUUCGACAGCGAGGCCGCAGGCUGCGACGGUCCUAGGGGCAGAAUGCCACCCACCAACUACGGACAUCUCGGCAGAAAUGAAAGACAUCAUUGGGAAGCUGGAACUGGAAUGUCGAGUUCCAUGGACGAACCGGAACCCAACAUCGUGGCCAUCUCCCCAGGACUUGAACGCGAGUUUGAUGAAGUUGACUUGGACGGUCAUCCAUACCUGAUAUCCCGCCGAACUUUCAAUAAUCAAGAAUUGGAAGUGCUGGAGCGAUCAGCCAUCCAGCAGCAGCAAGACUUGCAACCCCAACGGUCGGGAUCAAGCAAUCCUACAAAUGACGUGCUUGGUCCUCUAGACUCGCAUGUCCCAUUUCACCCCCGAAGACCCUCUCUCCCAUCCAUGAACUCGCAAACAGCCGACAGUACCCCUCGCAAUAGCCAUACAGUACUACCUACGUUGGCUCGUCGCGAGCUUGAAACGUCAACCACUGUGGGAUCACCAGCAGAUAGCAGUGGUCCACUAAUUUUGGCUCAGGACCCGGACCCGGACCCAGGUCUAGAGACUCCUCAAGCAACCGCAACGAAUGCCUCUACCGAACUUUGGAGCAGUGACUCUCUGACAAGAGACAAAGUUACUGAACCUGGCACUCGGAAGUGUGCCGAUUCAACAGAUCCAGCGCCUGCCAGUCCACCUCCACGACUAUGCUACGCAGAUAGCGGAUAUGAUGAGCCACUUGGUCUCACAGAGGAUGAGGUCGAUGGACCAGGAGCGCCGAUGCACGAAUUUCCGAUAUUGACAGACUCGGCCAACACAGGUGCCGGGCUGGCCACACAGACCGAUCAUCAGAACAAUUCUUUGCACGCUGAUGACAUUAACGACUCUCGACAAGGGCGGACGUCCUCAUAG